UUUGCUAUCAUGGUCCUGUUUGUUUGACCAAGCUGAUAUUAGUAUCGGCAUUAUACUGCAGUACACCGUCUAUGCUUCCAUCGCUGUAGCAUGUCUUUGGGUUUAUGACUUUGCUCUCACCCUCGAUAAAGAUGUCGCAUUCAUGCUGUACGCUCCAUGGCGAAUACCCAAAUUGAUCUAUCUUGCCUGCCGGUACUUACAAUUUGCAUUGGUUAUUACCGAUAUGUUUCGACUUUUACAGCCUGGACUUUCUAUUAAGUCCUGCACAACUUUGCUUGCAUUCAGCGUAUAUGUUGGAGGAAUCAUACUGUUCUGUGCAGAAUCACUCUUUCUGUGGAGGGUUUGGGCAGUAAUGGGAGGCAGAUGGCUAACAAUGUGUGGCAACCUUGUGCUCUUCCUGGUCCCAGUGACGGUGGCUCUUGCAUUAUCCAACUCUUCCUCCACAGUCGUGCAGUCACCUAUUCCAAAAGUCACAAGUUGCUAUGACGGCACGCGGGGUCACAUCAUCAUCUUAGCCUACGCUUUGCUCGUCGUCGCAGAAAUAGAAAUCCUCAGUCUCAUGUUAUACCACUCGUGGAAGUAUUAUAGACAACAUGGAAACGAUAUGCCUCUUGUGCGGGUUCUGGUCAAACAUAACAUAUUUUACUUUGCCUGUGGGCUUGUAUUUUCCACCGCAGUUGUGGUCGUCGUGGUCAUUCUUCCCGCAUCGUACAUAGACGCAGUACCAGAAUUACAGUUCGUGAUACACGGAAUACUAGCGACACGCAUGCACCGCGAACUGUACAAUACAGCUCAUCCCAUUGAAGAGACUUCCACCGGGAAUGUGUCCCUUCCUCUUGUUUUUGCACCAGCUUUUUCGGAGAAUCUCGAGAUGCAACCUAAAUCCUUCUCUUUAUCCUAG